AGAGAGACAGGCGGGGACAGAGGGACAGGUGUGUCCUACAGACAGGAAGAAGAGACAUCUGUGACAGAAACAAGAGAGAACAGAGAGGUGCAGGCACACUUGGUGACCUGAAGGCAGAGAGCCAAGAGAGGGACACAGAGCGGUGGACUGGCUGAGACAGAAGGGGCAUCACUGGCAGUAGAGAACCCUGUUUGACAUAGGAGGGAGCAGACUGAGCACAAGAUGAGCUGGGCGCACGAAGACUCAGAGGUGUAUAAGAUGCUGCAGGGGAACCAGGAGACAAGAACAUCCCCGAGGCAGUCCAGCAGCUUCAGGCUACUUCAGGAGGCACUGGAGAGCAACCCUGAUGGCAUUUCCACAGCCCUGCCAAGCAGAUUGUCACCCAAUGUUCAGAAGCCCGCCAGCAGUCCCCUCCAGAAGCCUAUCACCCACACUGUGCCCUCCCCACAGCGGGUGUGCGAGAGAUGUAACUUGGGCAUCAGUGAUGUGGCAGUGAGGAUUUCGGAAGCACGCCACCGCCACCCAGCAUGCUAUGUGUGUGCAGACUGCGGCCUCAACCUACGGAUGAGGGGACACUUUUGGGCGGGCGAUGAGCUGGUGUGCGAGAAACAUGCCCGUGCCAGGCAUCAGACAUAGGAUGGAUGCCAAUGAACAGAAUCAGAGUGCUCUCCUUUUAUCCCACAGACAACUCUAAUUCUGACCUCGUCAUGUAAACCACUGUAACACAGACAGUACUCACCUUCCCUGCCAAUGUUCCCCAUUCUAAAAUUGGGACAAUUCAGGCCACAGACCUGCUUCGCCUAAACCACUCUGUGAACCAAUUUCCAUUUCCUGCGGUGCCUCGUUCCUUUCGUAUGACGGAAAUCGGGACUGUUGGCAGUCACUGUCAUGAACAACGGAACUCAAUGUUCUUACCAAACAGACCAUCCGUAAUCUGUGAAACAGACUAGGAGUCUCUUUGCUUGAACAUACUGUAGGUGAGUGAAGUGAAUUAAGCUGAAGAACCACUGAUAAACUCACCUGCAUUUAAGCAGUGACUGACAGCAGCUUUGACAGACUGGCAGCAGGAGUCCUAUAUUUCCUAUCUCAGGUCUUCCCUAAUACACCACGUAGGAUCCGUGGCCACUCGCUCACUAAAUAUUUUCCCAAGUGCAUAUUUUAAGGAUAUCAUAAGACACAGAUUGAUUCCAUGGGAGUAUAAUGGCACCCAGCCUAUAUCUAAGACGUCUUGUAUCCUGCAGUAUUUAUAGGGUCCGUGUCACUGAAUUGCGAAGCGGUGAUGUCACAACUAACUGUUUAUACCUGAUGACUUCUCAGCAAACAUAACAGGAAAAUUUACAUAAGUGUCACAGUAUAAACAUUCUCAUGCAUUAAAUUAUUUAGAAGUAACAGUGCCAAAUGUAAUGAUAAUAUUGACCUAAGCAGAUUCCAAUAAUUUCAUUUUCACUCACCAUAAAAUAGGCUGCAUCUAUACAUCUGUCCAAUAAACUGCAUGCUCUUACUGAAGCCUUGUUUUACCUUGUGAUACGAUGAUGUAACCCGCGCUAUUUAGGGAUGUUCCCAGCUACAGUACACUGACGGCUCUCUGCCUUUUCUCAUUUUUACAGAUGCUUUAUUGUCCCCUUAUUUUAUAUGCUAUUAAAAUAAUCUUUCAAUUUGA